ACGUAAAUUUCACAUCAUUUCAUGGGUAUAAUCGUACAUUCUGCUCAUCAAGCGAGGUUUGAUGAACAUAAAAUUUGGUUCAGCUCAACGGAACAACGAAAUAGAGAUACACGUGGUCAUCUGUAAGUUAUAUUCACACCUCAGUCUUCAAUGAUGUUUCAUCUGUUUAUUUUCUAUUCAUUUUGAUUACAAUCAAUGAAUUUACGAUAAAAUACGUGAAAAAAUGAGCAGAAAUUUGCGGCCAAAAACAUCUACUGUCGUUGUGAUAGACGACGAAGUAGAUUCAGACGACGAUCUUGACGUUACCUUUGAAAGCAGAAAAGAUGAUUCCGAUUUUGAAGUUGAAUAUGUAUCUCCGAAGGCUUCCAGAAUAUCCAAAGACAAGAGAAAGCCCAUAGUGAUUGAUCUUGAUAAACCUGCUCGUAGGGCUGUUACUAAAGAUAGAGAUGUAACACGAAAUGAUAGCAUGACUUCAACCAAGGCAAGAACAAGGCUGAAAAGAAUAAAGGAAAGGAUUGAAGUAACAAUCGAUGAUGAAUACGACGAUGAGAAGAAAGGGGUAAAACAGGUUAGAUCUGUCGGCGAUAGAACAAGUAAAGAAUCGAAUAAAAUACUCGGUGAGAAAAAAGAUCAAAUUAAAGCAUCUUCGUCUAGAAAGAAUUGUGUUACUAAUGAGACAUUGGAUGACAGAUUUGAAAUUGAAAUGGAGAGUAAAUGUAAACGGAAUGAAACUAAAUUCAAAGAUUCAGAUGAUGUUUCAGAUGCCAAAGUUAAGCGUUUGUCUGGUAAGGCGAGGACAGGAUCAAAAAGUCGAGAUAAAACAUCUCUGAUUGAUACAGAGCCAUUAAGUCGCAAAGCAAUCAUUAAGAGCAAAGAUACAGGAGGAAAAAGUAUCAAUGGGAAUCUGGAUUUGAGGAAAAAAUUAUUGAACAAAAAAACUGGUGUAGGAAAUGAUGGGCAAACGAACGAGGAUAUGAACGAUGAUGAAGUUCAAAAGAAUGUUGAAUCUGAGGCAAGUAUUUCUGCUAGAGAUAGAAAAAGGAAAGGUUCGGAUGUUUCAACCGUUGCGAAGAAAGCAAAACAAGCUGAAAUAGCUAGCUCCAAAAAACAAUCGGCUGUCAACAAGAAGGAUGAAAUUCCCUCCACAGUAGAAUUAGGGAGUAAAGAUCCUGGUCAAACUAACAAUUUUGAUGAAAACGUACACACCGAAUGGUCUGAACCUGAUUAUCUCUGCGAGUUUAAUCAAAUCGACCAACAAAUUGCUAAAAAUUUGAUAGCUUUGUUCAAGGACGAUAACACAAUACCAUUCAUAGCAAGGUACAGAAAGGAAAUGACAGGUGGAAUGGAACCUGAACAAUUGAGAUGCAUUAGGAACUCGUACGAUGUCUUGAAAUCAAUUCAAAAACGAGGAUUGCUUAUUCUGAAAACUAUUGAUAAACUUGGAAAAUGGAAUCCAGAGAUUUACUCUGCUGUUAGAGCUGCUAAAUCAUUGGAGGAACUUGAGACUAUCUAUGCACCUUUCAAACCCGGGGCCAAACGUUCUUUGGCUGAACGAGCAAAGGAGCUGGGCUUGGCUCCGAUAAGCGAGGCUGUUUUGCUGGGCAAAGCGGUGCCUAGUUUGUCUUCGUUGAUAGACACAAACAGAGAUGGUUUAAAAAAUAUCGAAGAGGUGCGAGAAGGCAUUAUGCAUAUCAUCGCAGAGAUGAUAAGCAAGGACAAAACAACCUUUGAGGGAAUUCGUGAGCUGCGAAAAAAAGUGGUCAUUAACAUACAGUCGACAAAAUCGAAAGCUGCUGGUACAUCAAAAGUGGCUGAUGGUGUAAAACAGAAAAAAGAUGAUUAUCACAAAUACGAAAAGUACUUCUACUUUGUAUCGUCAGAAAGAAGCAUCAGAGAUUAUCAAAUAUUAGCAAUAAACAGGGGUGAAGCACAGAAAAUUUUAAGUGUCAAGAUAAUCAUUCCAGAUUGGUUCAAAGACAGAUUGAGAGAGCACUGUUUGAGGAAGUAUAACUUUGUCCGAAAGGUUUCAAGCUUUCAUCAUGAUAUAGUUAAUGAGAGUUACGAUGACGCUUACAAUAGGCUCAUAAAACAUUUCGUGACUCGUCAAGUGAGGCACGAUCUGAAUGAGAAAGCGGAGCGCGCUUCCAUCGACGUUUUUGCCAAUAACUUGAAGAAACUACUUCUCACUCCACCUCUCCGAGGACAAACAGUUCUCGGUAUCGAUCCAGGUUUUACUCAUGGCUGUAAAUUGGCUAUGAUAUCGCAGUGCGGAGAUGUAUUGGAAACAGCAAUCAUAUAUCCGCAUACCAGAGGGCCUCCGAACCACUCGGUCCAGAUCCUUGUUGAUCUCGUUAAGAAUUACCGCUGCACGGUGAUAGCUCUUGGGAAUGCGACUGCUUGCAGAGAUACUGAAAAAUUUUUGACCGAUCUCAUUCAGGCUGGAGCAUUUCAUCCUAUCGAUGUUUCAUACACAAUUGUCAACGAGUCUGGUGCCUCAAUAUAUAGCUGUAGCACCGAGGCUAAGUCGGAGUUUCCAAACCUGGAUCCUAACAUCAUCUCGGCUAUAUCCAUAGCCAGACGGCUACAGGAUCCGCUCGCUGAACUGGUAAAGGUAGAUCCAAAAAAUCUGGGCAUUGGAAUGUACCAGCAUGAUUUACCAGGAAAACAGCUGCAGCUCACGUUGGGCGAGGUGAUAAUGGAGACGGUGAGUUUUGUGGGUGUUGACAUAAACACAGCGUCGCAUUGUCUCCUGAGAAGAGUGGCUGGACUAAACGCCACAAAGGCAACGAACAUAAUAAAUCGUCGUAACAAGUUUGGCCCGUAUAAAAACAGAUCAGAGCUACUAUCAGUCACUGGCAUCGGGAAAAAAUCCUACGAGCAAUGCGCCGGAUUUAUAAGAAUCAUACCGGAAACUGCACUGCUAGACGGGUCGUCGAGAAAAGAUUCCUUGGAAUAUUUGGACCAGACUUGGAUUCAUCCGGAAUCUUACGAUGUAGCCAAGCAGCUCGUGAGGGCUUGUAAGUGCGAACUGACAGACUUGGGAUCGGAUGAAUUCGUUCGAAAAGUCACGAGGUACGCAAACCGUGACCGGAAAACUUUGGCAAAACAAUUCGACACCAAUGAAACAACGAUGGAUAUCGUUGUAAAUGGAUUAUCAAUGAAGAAAGGUGAAGACAUCAGAAUCAAAGAAGAGGCUCCGUUAUUUAUGAAUAAUUUUCGGUGCAUCGACGAUUUAUCCGUUAAUACAAGGGUGACGGGUUCCGUUCGAAACGUAACUAAUUUUGGCACAUUCGUAGACAUAGGUGUAGGUAUAAACGGCCUUCUGCCGAUCGGAAAACUGAAAGGUCGAGUGCUCAGUCUGGGGCAAAGAGUCGAGGUACUAGUACUUUCCAUAGAUAAGGAUCGCGGUAGGAUAUGCCUGACGCUUUGAUAGAAUUAAGACUCAAGGGAGAAUUCCUCGAUCGAUUUUUUUCAAAUCACUGCGAGUAAACGUUGGAGUGUCAUGCAGUUUAUCACCUUCGGUCCGACUACUUGAUUUCAGAUGAUUACAUCCAUACAUACAUGCCGUUUGGCAAAGCUGCGAGAAAUCGCUCGAUCUUCUGUUAUCUUUUACAACUUUUCAUCCGAAGGAUACGUUCUCGUAACGACAUGUAAUUUACGGCUAAUUGGACGUAGCUGUUACGCUUGAGGAUAGAGAGCGUCGAUCAUACAUCGGAUGCGAAUAGUUCGUCUUCUGUAUCU